AAUCAGAAGAUGCUCCAUAGCAGGGUGCUCAUAUCAGAUUUCUUGAUCCAACAUCCUCUCACUCUGUAUCUCUUACAGUCAGUAGACAUGGAGGAUGGGAAGCCUGAUCUGCUGCUGGUCAAAGUGGAGACAAUAGAAGACGGACCAGAGAGCAUUGACCUGCUGAGUGGACUAAAGAUGGGGGAGCAAGGUGGUUGGCUGGAGGCUAACAGAGGAGACUGGGUGUCCAUCUUGGAUUCCCAGACCGGUGCAGCCAAGGGACCAGGGGACAACAUUACUGAGCAGGCCAGGACCAGAGGUGACAUGGUGGAGGCCAGUGGAUGGGACAGCGUCCUCAACUCUGGGCUGGGGAACAACACUGUUAACCACAACCAAAAACAGACAGUCGAACACAAAACAACAACUGAACUUAGUCUCCAUGACAACAGACUGGCUGAGACCAGGGCGAGGCGUAGAUUUUCUCAGCGGGGACGGGGAGGUAUCGGUAUGCGGCAGGAGAGAACAGACACAGACUCGGCUAGCGAUGCUCCGUCCUGCUCCUAUAGUUGUGAUUCAGAGAGACUGAUGGCGCCUCCGGUUAACCCCCUAACAGGUGCUGCCUUCAGUCUGACUUCUAUAGGAUCUAUCAACUGGAACAUGGACCCUGUGACAACACAGACACUCCCUGGCCUACAUCCUCCUCACACUCUUCUUAUGUUAAACCAGACCUCAGACAAUGUCAGUGCCUCAACACUAAAUGGCUACACAAGCCCAAUGACAAAUGACAGUAGUAGAGACAGAAUCAGUAAAGGUGGCAGCGCCAAAGAGAAGCGCUUCCCGUGUCCGUUCUGUGGGAAAGCCUUCAGUUUCCCCAAACAGUUGGAAAUCCACCAGAGGAUGCACACGGGGGAGAAACCAUUCGGCUGCCACCUGUGCCGGGCCAGUUUCUCAGACUCCUCCAACCUGAAGAGGCACCAGAGGGUCCACACAGGGGAGAAACCAUUCAGCUGCCCCCAGUGUGAGAAGAGGUUCUCCCACCAGCACCAUCUGAAGAAGCACCUGAAUGUCCACACGGGAGAGAGCCUGUAGGCACUGUGGGAAGAGGUUCUCAGAGAGGAGCUACCUCAGGAUACACCAGGAGAAAAUGCACACGGCCCAUGUAUAGAGUAUAGUGACAUGUAGUACUUGUUAGUUUGUAGUUAAUUCUGUUGGUUUUGGAUGUAGUAGGGAACUGGAUGAGCAGGACUGAUGAAAGGGGUAUGAUGAAGCAGAGUAGUUUAGGUGUGUAAUGUUGAACCUUUUACAGAGUAUUCUAAAAUUAAUUUGAUCAAAGCGAGGGUACCAGAUAUACAGAAAAGGUAAAGUGUUAACAUAGUGAAGUUAUUUUACUUCUACAUUUCUCCAAGUAGGGGGAGAGUGGGGUAAGUUGAGCCUUUUUUUACAUUCAGUAUCACUCUGUCAAGGCAAAUAUAGUAUACUUUCUAACAAAGAUAUCUACAUAUACACUGAACAAAAAUAUAAAUGUAAAGUGUUGGUCCCAUGUUUCAUGA